AUACAUAUGAUGACCUAAUGGAGCAACCAGGCUUCUUCACAAUGAGAUAAUGGAAGGGUUGAUUUAUUGGGAAACAAGAGUCCUUGGAUUCUACAUCCUCUGCAUCUCGCUAAUACUUCAGCAAACUCGUGCUCAGGAAGGAUUUGUGAGUCUACAGUGUUGUGCCCAAACAAACUUUACUGACCCGAACACCAAUAUCAGUUGGACUACAGAUGACCAGUGGUACCCUGAUAUCUCAAGUUGCCAGGAGAUCAGUCCACCAACCAAAGUUCGAGUUUUCAGCUCAACCUUUGGUAAUAAGUGGUGUUAUAAUUUAAAAACUAGGAAGGAUGAAAACUAUCUGCUACGAGGUAUAUUUAAAGCUGGGGAACAGCAAAGAUCACCUACAGGUACAAGAUUCGAUGUUUUAAUUGAUAUCACAUCCAUAGCCAUUGUAAAAUCAUCAGAAGAUGCAGUUGUGGAGGGAGUUUUUAAGGCUAAUGAUAAUUAUAUGAACCUUUGCCUAUCUAAAGAGAUGGGAGAUCCCUACCUCUUGAAGCUUGAACUGAGGCCUUUAAUGUCAGAGUAUGUGAAGGAGAAAGCUACAGUUGCUCUUAAAGUUAUGGACCGAGUUGAUGUUGGAAGUACAGGAGCGGAGAUCAGGUAUCCAGAUGAUCCAUUUGAUCGAAUCUGGCGACCAGAACCAGGAGAUGAGAAUGUCACAGUGUCAUCUAUGACUAAUAUUGUAAUCACAAAUGCUAGCAAAACUUCACCUCCAAUUCAAGUUUUAGAAACAGCUUUAACCCAUCCUGAGAAGUUGCAGUUCCUACACAAUAAACUUGACACUGGAUUCUAUCAGUAUGAGCUCUACCUUUACUUCCUUGAGCUCAACGAAUCUGUUCAGCCUGGUCAGCGAUUAUUCAAAAUAUACAUCAACAAUAUGGAGGUGGAAGAGAUAGAUAUUAUGGCUCUUGGUUCCAGAUACAGAAUGCUUGUUUACAACUUCGAAGCAAAUGGAGCUCUAAAUUUGACGAUGAUUAAGGCUGCAAAUGGCUCCCUAUUAGGGCCCAUUUGUAAUGCUUAUGAGAUAUUGCAGAUUCGCCCAUGGAUUCAAGGGACAAAUCAAGCAGAUAAGGAUGUGAUUUUCAAUGUAAGAGGUGAAUUAUUAGCACACAACCCAAAUAACAAAGUGUUAGUAAGCUGGAUGGGAGACCCCUGCCUUCCCCUUCCUUGGGAAGGUGUGUUCUGUGAAUCGCGUGACAAGUCCACUGCCAUCAGUAAGUUGGAUCUUUCUUUCCAAAAUCUUCAAGGACCACUUCCUCAAAGUAUCACACAGCUACAAAAGCUAAGAGAACUGAACAUGAGUAACAAUCACUUCAGCCAAGCUAUCCCCGUGUUUCCAUCUUCCUCUGUUCUAACAUCAGUGGAUCUGAGCAACAACAACUUCAUAGGACACAUUCCGGAUUCACUUGCUUCACUACCAAAUUUAGUAACUCUAUUAUUUGGCUGCAAUCAUCAAUUAAGCAGAGAUGUUCCUGCAAACUUUUAUAGAUCAGGACUUGACACGGACAAAGGUAUGUGUGGUGGAAGUGGGUCUUUACACAUGGCCACAGGUAUUGUCAUAGGAACAGUCGCAGGAGGGUUACUUUUGAUUGUUGGUGUAGUCGGAAUUUCUUUCUGGAUUUACAAGAGGAAAGCGACAGCUAAAAAGAGAGAAUUCGAUGUAAAAGGGUAUCCACUGACAAAGAACAUGAUUUAUUCAAUAUCUAGCAUGGAUGAUAUCAUUCUGCAGUCCAUAUCUAUUCAGAGUUUUAGCCUUCAAGACAUAGAAACUGCCACCCAGCAGUACAAGACUUUAAUAGGUGAAGGUGGUUUUGGACCUGUUUAUCGUGGUACCUUAUCAGAUGGUCAAGAAGUGGCUGUGAAGGUUCGUUCAGCCACUUCCACCCAGGGAACUCGUGAAUUUGAUAAUGAGCUGACCCUUCUUUCAGCUAUUCAGCACGAGAAUCUGGUACCACUUCUGGGAUACUGUAACGAAAAUGACCAACAAAUUCUUGUUUAUCCUUUUAUGUCGAAUGGGUCUCUACAAGAUCGCCUUUAUGGGGAAGCUGCCAAACGCAAGACUUUAGACUGGCCAACUAGGCUUUCAAUUGCUUUAGGAGCUGCUCGAGGUCUGACAUAUCUCCACACAUUUUCAAGCCGCAGCGUGAUACACAGAGAUGUAAAAUCAAGUAACAUACUACUAGAUCAUACAAUGUGUGCCAAGGUGGCGGACUUUGGAUUCUCAAAAUAUGCUCCUCAAGAAGGGGAUAGUGCUGCCUCACUAGAAGUUAGGGGGACGGCUGGAUACUUGGAUCCAGAGUACUACUCAACCCAAAAUUUGUCUGCAAAGAGCGAUGUCUUUAGCUUUGGAGUUGUGCUGCUUGAAAUGAUAAGCGGGCGGGAACCUCUCAACAUUAAAAGACCCCGGACAGAGUGGAGCUUAGUAGAAUGGGCAAGACCUCAAAUAAGGAAUUCAAGAAUCGAGGAAAUAGUGGAUCCUAACAUAAAGGGAUGGUACCAUUCAGAGGCAAUGUGGAGGGUAGUGGAGGUAGCACUGUCAUGCACAGAAACCUACUCUGCGUAUCGGCCAUCUAUGGUGGACAUUGUUCGUGAGCUUGAAGAUGCUCUGAUAAUUGAAAAUAAUGCAUCUGAAUACAUGAAGUCCAUUGACAGCUUUGGUGGAUCUAAUCGCUUCUCUAUAGAGAGGCCGAUAGCUAUUCCCCCUACUCCAGUUCCAACAGAACCUUCCCCAAUUCCCUCUCAACCUGUUCCUCCAAAACCAAGAUAAUAAUACAGAGGAUAUGAGGUUAAUUUCAACUUCUACAAUAGAUCUUGAAACCUAAAUCGAAAUACAGUAAAUGUCCGUGUCAAUCCAGUAUCCUCAAAUCGAAAA